CAUCAGCUUAAAUGUUUUCGAUAAUGAAAAACCAUCGAUUCUAUCGAUAAUGCCAUCGAUAGUUUUCCAGCACUAUUUAAUCGGGAACUUUGAUCCGGACGAGUAACAAAUAAUUAUUUUCCAAUGGACCACGUAUCUGGAGAACACUUCGAGUAUUUAAAUAGACAAAAAAAAACUAAGCGCCAGCAUCAUAAGCAAGUGGCAACUGUUACUGAGGAGGAAUUCGCUGAGUCUCCCAGAGGUAUUGAAUACAUAGAAAUUGAGCCCAUUAGUUGGAACGAAUAUUCCUUGAAAGGUGAGGAACAAGAGGAUUUGAUAACAGACGAUGACGCGGUGAAUGUUACAGUAAGUAUAACCGAUGAACAAAAGGAGGAGCCCACUCCUAAAAUUUCGCAAACUUCUCGGCGCAAGUUGCGAGCUUUAGCGACUUAUAAAAACUCGACAGCCAUCGAGGGAAAACGAAAAUAUAAAUGUAGAAUAUGCGAGUACGCUGCAAAUGACAUUAGUAACUUGCGAGGCCAUGAGAAACGACACAGUAAUAUAAAGCCUUACGGGUGCCUAAAAUGUGACAAAGCAUUUUAUACGCGCACAGAUUUGAACAACCAUACCAGACGGCACAAUGGAGAAAAGCCUUUUAUCUGUUGUUAUUGCGGCAAUAGAUUUGUAACCGCUGGAAUAUUAAAUAAGCAUGAAAAAUGGCAUCUUGGCAAGAGGGAACAUAAAUGUGAUCAAUGUGAGAAGCGCUUCUUUCACGCAUCUCACCUGCGAAAUCACACGGUUGUGCACACCCAGGAACGCAAUUAUGAAUGCGAGACAUGUCAAGCCAAGUUCACCCUCAAGAGAUCGCUCGAGCUACAUAUGAAAUUACAUGAAAAUGCGUUAGCUUAUGAAUGUAUCAUCUGCCAUACGCGUUUCAACCAGCGAUGUACGUUGCGUUCGCAUAUGAAGACUAAACAUAAAGUACUGCGUGCGGAUGCCGAAAGCAAAAACUCUGUUACAGAUAUUGAUUCUAUCGGAGAAUAUGAAAGGAACGAUGUCGACUUUUUCACUUUUCUAGUAGAUAUAUCGAGGAUAAGCAGAAGUUCACACAUUAGGAAUAUGGCUGUCGCUGCAGUGCAAAAAUUUCACUGCGGCGAAGUAUUUGUUACCACCAAUUUUUGUAUGAUUCUGGAGUGCAAAUCGUGCAAUGAACAAUUUGGUGUUUACACAACAUUUUUGAAUCACAUAUUUGAAAAACACUUCGAUGAUUGGAAUGCAUCAGAAAAGUCAAAACGCCAAAAACCUAAAAAAGUGGCGACUAUUACUGAGCAGGAGAUUCCUAAGCUUCCACCAGAUGAUCAAUACAUAGAAAUCGAUUCUAAGACUUUAAAGGAAUUUUCGUUGGAAAGUGACGAACAGGAUUUGAUAACAGAAGAAUUAACGCCAAUGGGUGAUGAUGUAGUGGUUGUAGAAGAAAGUAUAAUCGAAGAGGACGAGCGCCCUCACAAAACUAUAAAGCAAACUCCGAGACAGUUGCGGGCUUAUGACUCCACAGCCUCCGGCAGCAAAGGAAAAUAUAAGUGCAGGAUUUGCGGUUUCGCAGGUUCCGGCGCACAUAACCUGCGUGGCCAUGAGCUACGGCACACUAAUAUAAAGCCUUUCACCUGUCUAAAAUGUGAUAAAGCAUUCUAUACAAGCACAGAAUUGAAUGCACAUACCCGGCGGCACACUGGCGAAAAGCCGUUUGUCUGUGCUUACUGUGGCAAAAGCUUCACAACAGCUGGGAUGUUAACUAGCCAUGAAAGACGUCAUGGCCAACGGAAACAUAAAUGUGACCAAUGUGAGAAGAGCUUCUUUGAGGCUUCUCACCUACGAAUUCACGCUGUUGUACACUCCCAGGAACGCAAUUAUGAAUGCGAGACAUGCCACGCCAAGUUUACUCGCAAAAAAACGCUAAGGACACAUAUGAAAUUGCAUGAAAAUGCAUUAGGCUAUGAAUGUAUCAUCUGCCAUAUGCGUUUCAACCAGCGGCCUACGUUGCUUUGGCAUGUGAAGAGUAAACAUAACGUACUUCGAGCAGAUGCGGAAAUCAAAGCCUCUGUUAAACCUAUUGAUCUUAUCGGAGAGCUUUACUAGCAAAAUUAGGUUUGUUGUAUAAAAUAAAUCAACAUUGAAAGGAAAAUCUACAUACAUCUCAGUUAUUGCAUAAAUAUAAAGAGAUUAAAUAGAAAAUAAAUAUGAAAAACUAGAGUAUAAAAAUA